GAAGCACCCUAUAAAAGAGCGAGAGCAGGCUAGGGUUUAGUGGCUGUGUUGUAUACCGCGUAGUGGUGUACCCCGAAGCUCUUUCUCGCUCCGGCCUUGUGUCUGGUUCUCUCGCUUUUUGCUCUCACGUUUUCCGCCAUCCCAGUCGGUCGAGAGAGGCUUAAACACAGAGUGUGAGAGUACGUGCGUUUAGGCGCGCGUGAGUGAGAGGGAAAGCCUUCGAUUUCAAGCUGUUAGGGAGAGUGUUCGACGCUGAUCUCGCGACAGGCUUUCAGUUGCCAUCUACGCGUCGUUGAGAACGUGUCGCUUGGCUCGUGGUCGUGGCCUCCAAGGCGGCGUGUGAAGUGAGGCGCCCAUAUAUAGAAAAAAAGAAAAGAAAAAACACAACACAACCGUAGGUAGCAGCGCGAGCGCAAAACAGAACGACGAGGAGAUUGUGUGUGUAUGUGUGUGUUUUUGUAGAGUACGAGCAAGAGAGUUAGCUUAGUGCCAAAAGAUUGUUGGAGUACAUUCGUUUGAUGGAAGCGCACGCAACGGCCAAGCGAUCGUAUGCGAUAUUAACCGUGUGAGAAUCGACAGAAAUAAGCAAGAAAAGCAAAAUAAGCACAUAACGUAGUACACAAACUCAGUCCACGGGUGGAAUCAGGCUCACACCAUGGACGAUGAUCAGCAGUUCUGUCUUCGAUGGAACAAUCACCAGAGUACACUUAUUUCGGUGUUCGACACACUGUUGGAGAAUGGCACCCUGGUGGAUUGUACAUUGGCGGCUGAAGGGAAAUUCUUGAAAGCACACAAAGUUGUUCUUUCGGCAUGCAGCCCCUACUUUGCGACCUUACUCUCCCAACAAUACGACAAACAUCCGAUCUUUAUACUCAAAGAUGUGAAAUUUCAAGAACUGCGCGCCAUGAUGGACUACAUGUAUCGUGGCGAAGUAAACAUCUCCCAGGACCAGCUUGCUGCCCUACUGAAGGCGGCUGAAUCACUGCAAAUCAAGGGACUUUCCGAUAAUCGCAGUAAUUCUUCGUCUUCGGCUGCUGCCGCAGCUGCAGCCGCGGGAGGAGGCGUUCAUCAACAGCAGCAGCAAAAGCUAAGUGAUGCUUCCGCCACAAAAUCGCUACAGCCUCCCGUACCUGCAAGCAAGGCAUCAGGUCUGACGAUUGAAAAUAAAAGGCCUUUGAAGUCGGAAUUACUUGAGUCGGAUGUGUCCGGUUCGCGGGAAGGUUCAACUAGUCCCACUGCGCGGAAGCGUAAAAAAGUCCGUAGACGAAGCGUAGAUACAAAUAAUCUACUAAUCGAUAAUCAUGACCAGCAUUCUAACUCCUCAUCACAUUCAAUCCACACCGCCACGGGUGCGAACACGAGUGCCGCUGUUGUGGGUGGCGCUUCAGGUGUCACCGCCAACGCUGCCGCAUCAGCUUUGUCCUCGUCAUCCACGGCCGCUGCAGGCGUUAACAGCAGCGCCAAUGUGCUCUCGGUCGCCGCUGUGGCCGCUGCCGCUGCACUCAAAAAGACUGAAACCGUUCAACAGGCUGCCGCCGAAACGCUGAAGCUGCAGAAGCAACAGGCAGCAGCGGUCGCAGCUGCAGCAGCCGCUGCCCAGUCCUCCGACGAUGAUGAACGGUGUGGACCAGGCAGUGUGGCCACCGGCACUGAACACGACGACGGAAAUGAGCUUACGGAUAACGAACAUGAUGGUGACGGUGCUUCAUCGGUGAAAUCGGGUUCACGUCAUCAUCACCUGCGGGAUGGCGGUAGACGAGGCAAAACUUCCACUUCGUCCGUUGGUGAACUCAUGAUCGAACCGAAAAGCGAAUAUGAAGACGUACAGGAUGAAAAUGUUGAGGAUUUGACUAUGGACGAUGAAGAUCUAAUGGACGAACUGGACCAACCCGGACCGAGCCACGGUGGCGAUGUAUCUAGUCAAGGGUAUGCACAAUGGCCGAUGGAACGUGAGCAGAACGAAGCGUUUAUUGCCGCUCAAGACGCCGUCGGUGGACAACAUCGAGACGCACAAGGCAGACGCAAGUUAGUGAUUUUGUCAAAGAGAGUUGCCGAAGCUAGCAGUUCCUCUGGAGAUCCGGGCAGCUUGAUGGCGUUAGCUGGCGCAAGCCCUCUUACCGGUGGCAAAAAAAUAAAAACUAUUACAGUUACUACUUCUGAACCGGCUCUGUGGGUGGAUGAAAAUGAAAUUCCCAUUAUCACUACUAAUCAGGGCAUUCGAUUACGGCAAACUGAACGACAACAACAGAGCGCAAUGAUUGCUGGCAAUGUAGAGUGUGAUUUUAACGGAUCGAGCUCCGUUACCGCCACAACUACGGCCAUAGCAACACCAUUGACCGAACAAAGUAAUGAUGUUGGAUCUGGUUCGCUUAUCACACAUGCUACACCUGUUGUUCUGAAUGACUGUUUACUUGAGAGCAAAAACAUAGUAGUAACGAAGAAGGACAACAACUAUAUUUUAUUCACUGCCGAUCCUGAUGCAUCACCGGAACCACCGGUGAGUGCGGGAACCACGGUGAUGCUACCCAUGCGUAGUGCUACUUUGGUUGCCACCGGCGGUGCAUCCACGUCGAUUGGUAACACGACGACCAUCGCCACCAUAAUCGACGAGAUGCGGAUAGAAGAUCUGUUGAAGAAGGAAAAGAUUAUAAAACAGACGGAGCUGCACCCCGAUGGCACAACGGCAACGACGUACAUAUUCGAUGAGUGCGAUAUCCUGCCCAUCAAAACGGGAACGAGUACUGUAGCCAAAGGAAAUGUCGCACUGUCGUCUGGAACGGCCAGCACGGGAAUGGUUGGGAAGAGAGUAACAAGCGGCAAUGUAUUAACCCCGCCUACCGCUGUAUCGGGAGCAUCACCAAUCAGCAGCUCUGCAGGCUCGCUUAUAACGUCUGUUUCAAUUCAAAAGCCGGAUAAUUUUCCCAACGAACUUGUUGUUCCGUCAUUGCCUAAAAAUGAUGGAAGUUCUCGAAAACUAACUCACGCUACGAUCAGUGCUCCAGCCAAAACAUUUGGUCAUCCCCGAAUAAAAUAUUCCCGAGCAAAAAAUCCGUAUAACAUUACGGGAAAUACCGCCAUGACGUCCUCCACGAUAACGAUGCCGAUUUUGACGAUCCCAACCGUAACACCUUCCAUCGGUAGCUCCAUCACUACUUCUUCGAUGCAAUUGCAAGAAGUUUCACAGCAGUUAGCACCUCAACCGUCGGCAACAGUUGCUGGGACUGAGCGUCAGCUUUUGAAUUUCUCGUUAUCGCGAAAAUUGGGCCCUGCUGGGCAGCAACCGCUCCAGCAUGUCACGAUCACUGGCACAAGUGUUGGAGCACCUGGCCUAACGGCGAUCAAUGCAUCAGCCAUCCAGCAAAUUCCGAUCGCGACAGCGAUAGGUGGUACGCGUGGUACUUCUAUCACCACACGGUAUUCGGUUAAUGAAUAUGAAACUUCCGGUUCGAAUACAUCUCAGAGUGCAGACUUUCCGCAGGGGAUGAUCGACGACCUUGAUUAUUCCGUAAUCGAGGAUAUUGAUCUGUCAGAUGGUGUAGCUACAAACUUCAGCAAUGUUGUAGCAGCUGCGGCAGCAGCAGCUGGUACUACCUUAGCUGGUUCUGGUCAGCAGCAGCAGCAACAGCAGCAACAACAGCAAACGACAGUGGCACUCGUAGCAGCGAGCAAAGUUUCGUCAGACGUGGACAACAACGGAUCUCAGAGCGACGAUGAUGAUGGCGACCAGGAUAUGGACGAAGGAGGCGACGAUGGAAGCGGUGAACCUGAUGAUGACGAACAACACAUCGCGAAGUACAACACAAAGCUGUUGUCAAAGAUGAAGAAGGAAGGAGUAGGUGGCCAAACUGGAGGAUCAAAAUUAUUGAAUGCUUCUAUGGGUGAUAGCAAGUUUGCGUUGCUAGCAAACCCGAACAUCAUGCAAAAAUUUGAGUAUACGGUCAAUGAAUCGACGGUGGUAAGUGAUACUGACGAUGGAGAGGUUCGUCAAUAUGUGUGCCGGCAUUGCGGCAAGCGAUAUCGCUGGAAGUCGACAUUGCGACGCCACGAGAAUGUCGAAUGUGGUGGCAAAGAGGCCUCUCAUCAGUGUCCGUAUUGCAGCUACAAGGCCAAACAGAGAGGAAAUCUCGGAGUGCACAUACGCAAGCAUCAUGCCGAAAUGCCACAGCUUGAAAGUCGCCGCCGCUCGAAUAAAUCCCGUCAUUCUAUUUAACUUCCUAAUUAAUUCCUUUUAUGUAGCCUUCCUUCUGUUCUAAGUUUUCCACCACCAUGUUUUAUUCAUAAAGGUGGUAUGUGGAUGUGUUUGCAAUGCAUUCGCCGAAGCAAUGUAGUGAUUGAAAUUAUGAGCUCCAGUGGAUCAUUUUUAUCUAUAAUAUGAAGUCCCACUCAAACGUGUAGCCAGGCUUAGUACUACUAUAUUUGAUUAUUUUAUUUCAUUUAGCUUAAAACAAAGUUUAAAUGUAUCUUUUGUGUCAUUUUCAAAUUUCUGUAUGAUUACUAAUGAUCUUGGAAGAAAUGCUAACUUUAUCUGUUGAAAGGGGUCCUAAAAUCCUAUAAAUAUAGAACAGCUAGUUAUUCUCAGUGAAUAUAAUUUUAAAAUUUUAACAACAUUGACGGGAAUUAAUAUUUUUUUUGUGAUU